AUGAGUCAGCCUACCGCUCCACAAAUAACCAAGACCUACGCCCGACGCCUGUACGCCCUGGCGUAUUCGCCAGCGUUCAAGGACUACACAGAGGUCUUGGACUCGUACAUGGACCACUGGCUCGAGGACGUCGAACACAUCGUCCCAGAGGUCAAGACGCUCAGAAUGCGCGACAUCAGAGACUCGCUGACCAGGCCCGUCGUGGACGCCUCGCUGUUCGUGGACAGAAACAUGCACGCUCUGUCGGUUGCAAUGAACCAGCGCGUUCUCGAGCCCGCCAGAAAAACAGCCAGCGACUUCAGGAAGGCGUACGCCCCGCUGUACGACACACAGGGCCGUGCGCUGCUGCGGUCGCAGCUGGACCCGGUGUUCAGGCCGCUGAACGAGCGACUGGUCCGGCUGGUGGGCGACGACGCAGGGACGGAGUACUCGAGCGAGCUCACGCACAGCCUCAGGCUUCUCUACGGUGUGGCUGAGCAGACGCGGCCGCGGAUUGCCAACAGCGUCGUGAGAAGCAGACAGCUGCCGCGCCAGGUCACCAGCCACCUCAAGGAGGUGUACGAGGCCAACAAGUCGAAGCGCGGCGAGGGCAGGCUGAUCGUGAUGAUCGCGUCGAUGGACACCGUGCGCGACCUGCUCAACGAGGGCUACAACGUGGUCAGUCCGGGGAAGGAGCAGGCGGAGCCCGAGGAGGCGGAGCCAGAGCGGGCAGAGCCGGAGCAGCCGGAGCAGCACUAA